CGCCCCCCGGCCGCCCCCAUGGUGGGCUUCGGGGCCAACCGCCGGGGCGGCCGCCUGCCCUCCCUCGUGUUCGCGGCGCUGCUGGGGCUGGUGGCGCUGCUGGCUUUCAACGCUUGGAGUGCGUCGUCCCGCCAGGCCGCGCUGCUGGAGGAGGUGGCGGCGCUGCAGGGGCAGGCGCAGCGGGGCGAGGCAGCCCGCGGGCGGCUGGAGCAACGCAACGCCGAGCUGCUGGGCGCGCUGGAGUCGCACAAGCAGCAGCUGGAACAGAAGGAGGCGGAGUGCGGGCGCCUGGGCGGGCAGCUGCAGGGCAAGGACGGGCAGCUCCGCAAGUGCGAGGACGGCAAGAUCAAGCUGCAGAACAAUAUAUCGUAUCAAAUGGCAGACAUACAUCGUUUAAAGGAACAACUAGCAGAGUUACGUCAGGAAUUCAUCCGUCAAGAGGACCAGCUUCAUGAGUACAAGAAGAACAAUACUUACCUUAUGAGGAGGUUGGAGUAUGAUAGUUUGCAGUGUGGACAGCAGAUCAAAGAAAUGCGAAUUCAACACGAAGAAAAUAUAAAGAGGUUGGUGGAGCAAGCUGUACGGGAACAAAAGCAGGGUACACAGAAAACCCAGGCCAGUAAAGACACGGAACUGGGUUUGACUGAAGAUGAUCAGGCCAUGCCAAAGAACGUUCAAGAGACAGAAGUAAAAAAUGUAGUAAAAAAUGAGGAACCCUCAAAUCACCUUGCAAAUGACAAAGAGAAAAUCAAACCAGGAGGUGAUGCAGGCAUGCCUGAAAUAGAAGAGAAUGACCCUGCUAAAGUUGAAGACACACCUACUGCUUUAAAGAAGCCGCAUAUUUCAUCGCUUCAAAAUCAACCCAAUCUUCCCACUGCACCGCCCCAUGUACCAAACGUGGCUCCAGCUUUAGAUGCUUACAAUGACGGAGAGACUGAUGCAGUGAAAAAGAUGCCUCCAAAUCCUCUUCGGCACUUGAUUGCUGAACAAAGUAUGCAAAAUCAUAAAGAACAGAAAAUAGAAAUGGACCAUGAAAAACUUCCAAAGGGUCGAGCCGCUGAAUUCCAGAAGAUGAAGCAAAGCCGAUUCUUUGAUGAGAAUGAAUCCCCUGUUGAUCCGCAGCAUGGCUCUAAACUGGCGGAUUAUAAUGGGGAUGAUGGUAACGUGGGUGAGUAUGAGGCAGACAAGCAGGCUGAACUGGCUUACAAUGAGGAAGAGGAUGGUGAUGGUGGAGAAGAAGACGUCCAAGACGAUGAGGAGAGAGAACUUCAAAUGGAGCUUGCGGACUAUGGAAAGCCACGCUUUCAGUGAUGCGCUUUGAAUGCUGAAUUUUAACUUCAUCUAAGGAAAGAGAAGAACUGAAGUGCUGUAAAACUGAACUCUUUUUUGCUUCAGUGUUUCUUAACUUACAAGAAGCUGGUAAUAAACAGUGGUGAUAGAUUACUUAAAAUAAGUAUACUUGAUAUUAGUGAAGUAAUGGAAGGAGAAAUAGAAUUCUGUAUAUACAUGUACAUAGUUGUACUAUUGCAAAUUGUAUUAUCUAAACCACAUUUCUGUUAAAAAGUGAGCCAGUUAAACGUAGACUGUUCCUUACCUGUAAUCUUUGCAUUUAAAACCACAAAUUCAGACUGAAGUGUUUCUGCAAAUUAGGGAAACUUUGUAAACUGGGGAAUUUGUACAGUUUGUAUCUUACAUAUGUAAUGAAUCCAUUAUGGAAACAAUUGUACAGCUGAAGGACUCCUUUUCUACAGUAAUACCUGUAUGAGCAAAAAUACCUUCUCUGUUUGUUCAUGA